AUGGCAGCCGUUAAGAGGCCCUCCGGGACCCGUAUAUACGUUAUGAUACUCCUAGGCAUCGGAGACCUCGGUGCCAUCAUCUUGGAAGUUCUCGCAGCCAUCGUCUGGGAGGGAUUUGUCACUCUCACGAACCACAUCCGUCUUUUCAUCGCGACAUACCCGCUGAUGGGCCUUCUUUUCCUCAUCACGGGCGACAUCGACCUCACGACCUGCAUAAGCAUCGCCUGUGGCGCUUACUUGUACACCGCCUUUCUCUACUACUUUGGCCUCAGGGACCGGCUGCCCUGGGCCUGCCUCGUCGCCACUCUUUUGACUUUCGAGGGUCCUUACCCGCGUUUAUUGCGCCGCGCGGCGGUAACGGCUUUCAUGCUGGCGCGGGACGACAGCUUGCGCGGGCUCUAUUUGAAGCGGGUGAGGAACGCCGAAGUUCCCUGGCAGGACGGCAGCGGAUUCGGAUUUCUGUUCAACUUCGAGGGGCGCGAGUUGCUGAGGGAGCUCUGCCUGUACUUGGUGAACACCCUCUGUUCAUCCUUCGACCGGCCUCGCGUGCCUGACGACUUCAAACUGCGUACCUCUGUCAGGGUCGUGGACGUGUUGGUGUUGCCGCUCCUCGGGCUUGUGGAUUGGGUUUGGCGGUAUAGACGAGCGCGAAAACGCGCAAGUCAACCUCGUUUGGAAGACCAGAGCAUAAAAAUGCUUUUGGGGAAGCAGCAUUGA